CUUCCCUCCCACCCUGUUGCCCCAAGCCCACCCGCACCCCUUGGGCACCAUGAACACCAACGUGUGCGUGGAGACGGGGCCCAACCCCGAGGCGCCGGGGCUGCCCAAGGAGAACCACCUGCCCGACGGCGCCCUCAACAGCCUUGUGGAUUACAACUCGGAGAUGGAGCGCUACCGCUCCUUCGCCACCUUCUACAAGACCAACGGCGGGGCCUUCCCUCAGGCGGCCAAGAUCGCGCGCAUCACCACCCCCAUCUUCCCAACAGCCGCCCCCGCCGCCGCCGCCCGCAUCGGCAUGUCCCCCUGGAACUGCGCCCCGGCCACGGCGGCCGCCGCCACCGCCAUGCUGUGGGGCAGCGGCGCAGGAGGCGGGGGCGCGGGCGUCGGCGGGCCUAACCCGGCGGCCGCGGCGGCGGGCGGCGUGGCCCGGAAAGCAGCUGCCGUCGCCGCCGCCGCCUCGUCGGUCGCAGCAGCGCCGCCGCCGGCUUCGUCGCCCGCCUCUUCUCUGCACGCCGCCGGCAGGAGCGGCGGCGGCGGCGGCGGGAGUUUGCACCAUCGGAACGAGUCCCAGCGGCUCGGCAAGCCUGGCUGCGCGCCAGCCGAGCAGCCCUCGUUGCAAAUGGCCAAUAAUAAUUUCCUCUCCACCUUAGCCCCGGAACACUGCAGACCUUUGGCUGGGGACUGCAUGAACAAGCUCAAAUGCGGCGCUGCCGAAGCAGAGAUAAUGAAUCUCCCCGAGCGCGUGGGGACUUUUUCCGCUAUCCCGGCUUUAGGGGGCAUCUCAUUACCUCCCGGGGUCAUCGUCAUGACAGCCUUGCACUCCCCCGCAGCAGCCUCAGCAGCCGUCACAGACAGCGCGUUUCAAAUUGCCAAUCUGGCAGACUGCCCGCAGAGCCAUUCCUCCGCCUCUUCGUCGUCCUCCUCCUUGGGAGCCGCCGGAGGAGGGGGAGGAGGCGGGGGUGGUGGUGGAGGAGGAGGAGGAGGGGGCGGCGGCGGCGGCGGCACGGGAGGAGGAGGAGGGGGCGGCGGCAACCCAGCCAAGAAGAAGAGGAAAAGGUGUGGGGUCUGCGUGCCCUGCAAGAGGCUCAUCAACUGUGGAGUCUGCAGCAGUUGCAGGAACCGCAAAACGGGACACCAGAUCUGCAAAUUUAGGAAAUGUGAAGAGCUAAAGAAAAAACCUGGCACUUCGCUAGAGAGAACACCUGUUCCCAGCGCUGAAGCAUUCCGAUGGUUCUUUUAAGCAGUAGCAUAUCUUAUUUUCAAGGCAGCCUGAAGUGAAAGGCAAGCUAAAGUCUUGUUUUAAGAAAUCGCUUAGUCUACCACUGAAGAAUAUUGUUUUCAUUUAUGUAUAGGGGUUUCCUCAAAGAAAAAAAAAUCAUGACGUAGAGUGGUCUCCAGGUAAGAGGGAAGACAGUACAUUUGAAGAGGCUGUAUCUGAUGAAGCAGAACCUCCCCCCAUUGAAAUGCCUGAACAUAAGAUAGUGCUGUUUUAUUUUCUGUCCCAUCAUAUUCACCGUCUGACAGCAUGUCCUGUUGUGUUUCAUCUUGUUUAGACAAAGCUUCUGCCAUUUCUUAGCAGCUGCAUUCUGGGCAUUAGUUCCUCAAGUCUUAAAUGACAUUCAGUUUCCUCUUGAAAGGCCCUCUUAGUAAGACAACACUCCCUAUAAGAGAGCAUUAACCAGCUUUUGAGGGCUACUGUCUUAUCCGGAGACCACCAUAUCUGGGAUCCUGACAAUUGGCCAGUUUGCUCACAUUCAGUACACCAAUUCUUUUGUUGAUGUAAUUUAGCUAUAACUAGUGAACUUGUUGUCUAUUUUUAAAGUGGCUGUUAAAAACAAAAUUAUACUUUUGGGUAAACCCCUGCUAUAAAAUAAUGUAUCUUGACAAAGUACCAUAUCUCUACUUCAUUUUUCCAAUGAUAUGUGUUUUGGUACUGUAAACUGUACAGAUAGCCGCUUGUAUUUUGUGUGUUUAGACACGAGGAGACAAUCACAUCUGACCAACUAUGGAGAUUAACCCUUUGUUCACAUCAAUGUGUUUCUGCAAAUUAAAUCUGGAGCAAUAAAUUUAAGCAUUAAGAAUCUUCCUCAUCUACCCCCCCCUUUUUUUUUUGUUGCCAGCUGUCCAGUAUCAUCAUCAGCACCAGUUCAGGUGUAUUCUUACUAUACACUCUGCUAUUACUACCUGGAGCAAAGUUGUUCAAAAAAAGAUUUAAUAAUGUCUCUUUCAGAUAUUCCCAGGACACCGUGUUGUAUGACAGGGAAGAUACAGGCAGUAACAGUUAAUCGUCAUAAGCGUUAUCUUAUAGGAACAAUUAUGCUCGCCCAUUGAUUCAGAAAAGUUUAACAAAAGUCAGUAAACUGCACUUCCUAUAAAAUGGCUUUUAAAGCAGGGGUGGGCAACUGUGACCCCUUAAUAACCUAUGAACUUCAACUCCUGGGCUCAGGAAUUCUGGGAGUUGAAGUUUACAGGUCAUAAAGGGGCUCUAGCUGCCCACCUCUGAUUUAAAGUAGAGACAGACAUACAGUACAGUUUCAAUGUUGCAGAGCUACAGCAGAAUGGUUUGCUACACAAAAUGAAAACAAUUUCGUAUGUUGAGAGGAACAGGAAAUCUCUCAGUUAAUGUAUUUACUUUCUUCUAGAGGUAGGGAUAGGGAAUAAUGGCUGUUUUAUGACUUGUGGACUUCAACUCCCAGAAUUCCUGAGCCAGCCAUGCUGUUGAAGUCCACAAGUUAUAAAGGGGAAAUCAUUCCCCAUCUCUGUUCUAGAGGUUGCUUUAUAGAUCUUUUAUUAGGGGAAAAAGAUACCUGAAAUUAUUUUUCUCAAUUUAUAAUAUUUAGCUCUUAGACUAGUUUGUAAAUGUAGGUGAGGUUACAUCUUUUCUUCUGUCUCAAAGACAUGAAACUCAGAAUGUCUUUUAAGGUGUUCUCAAAUGUUAGCACUUUUAAUAGAAUUGAAAGUUGAAAAUAGAUUGUGAUCUUUUUCUCUUUACUCUGAUCAGACAUUUAAUUUAUUAUUACCCUAUUCAGAAAUAACACAUGAAUGUGGGACAGUUAAAAAAAAUCUCUAUGUAGAUUUCUUCAUGACUAUAGCCACCUCAUCAAAAUGUAGGCUUGCAAAAUAGUUGAUUGGCAGAAAAAAAGUGAUAGGAGGAGUACGGUGUUAAGGGAAUUGCAUGGUUUCAAUUGAUCUAAAAUGGAUUUUGGGAAGCUAGAGAACUUGUUCAGGAUUCUGCAAUUUACCAGCAAAUAAUUUCUUUUUAUAAUUUUUUAAAAAAAAAUCUGUAUAACUUUUGUGAUUGCCAGAAAGAUGGGAUUGAAAACAGACUGGCAGUUUACCAGAGUUUUAGAACAUAGAACUUGUUGAAUACACAUUUCCAAUUUUUAUAUUCUUUAUUACUGACAUUAACUUUCCCCAACAUACUUUUGGGUAUUUCAUUUGUUCAUAAUAGCCCUGUCAUAUUUAACAAUUGUAGAUUUUUCUCAUUACAACACAUAAUACAUUGGUGAAGAUAUUUUUAAUCCCAUAAUUUUAAGUACAGAAACAGGAUCAUAUUGGACAUCUAUCCUUUCUGUGUGCAGUUCCUUAUUGAGUCUUUAUACUUAUUUAUUUAUCUUUAUUGCAGAAACUAUAUUCCAACGUUUCCCAUUAGAAAAAUACAUGGUUCAAAUAUAUGCAAAGCUUAGUACUUUGCAAAAUUUAUUCCACUUGUGGAACAUCUUGUCACAGAAUAUGAAAUGUUCAUUGCAUAAUUCUAAUGUACACAAAGAUAGUAAUAAGUUGAAAUAUCUACAUAGCAUUUUUCUUUCAGCAGUUUGUUAUAUUUUAUUUUAUCACAAAGCAAGCAUGAAGAUACUUUGGCCAGUAGCAAAGUAUUACGAUUUAAAAGGAGCAGAAAAGGCCAUUACUAUGAAUCAUUUCCCUCUCUGACUUGUUUUCAACAAAUACCCUUUUUAUCAUUUUUACGACUGUUUAACUUAAAAUAGAAAUAUUUGUGAUCUAGCCGUAAGAGAAUAUCUGAUUCUCCCCACCCCACCCCUAUAUAGCAAGCGCAUGAGGUAUAAUAUUGAGAAAGUGACAUCUAUGGAAAUCCCAUUGAAACUGCAGAAUUUAGAUAUUCAAAAGAUGCUCUUUAAAUGCACAGAUUUUUAUGAUUUACAUCAUGUUAAUUUUUAUAGGCAAUUUUCAUAUUCUUUUUAUAAUGGUACUUUUUACCUUUUUGGAAAAUCUUAGCUGAGUUUUCUAUUGUUUGAAUGAAUGAAUACAGUGUUUCUGUGAAGAUCUGUUACUAUAUAAAAGAAAAGAUUAUUUAUAACGCAAGGAAAUUGUUUGAAUGUUCUCAGUGAAGAUACCUUAACUUUCAGAAGGGUUUUUACCUUUUCUUUGUUUUUUUCUUUUGACAUGCAAACACAUGCAAAUACUUAUAUAUGUACACACUGAUUUGUGAAGGAUUGGGAGAACGACCAAGAACUAGCAGGAAUUGUUAGCAGAAUAAAAAUCGAACCAAGUUUGAGUGAUAUUAGAAGGGAUUAUAUUUGGAAAAAAUCUUUUAGAUGAUAGAUAGUUCUAACCAUAUAAUCACAGAAAAUAAUUAAUUUUUACUGUGAGGCAAUUAAUUAUAUGACUAUUUUAUUCCUGAUCUUAUUUUCUUUAAUAUGUUCUGGCUACUAUUCUUCAGGAAGCUUUAGGAUACAGCCUCAAAGCUCUUAAUCCCUAAAAUUUGCACCUGAUGUCUUCUUUGACCCAUGCUUUUGUCUCCUGUGAGGUAAGCAUUUGGCUCUUCAGAUUGGCUACACCACAGAAACCAAGAGGUGUGCUCCAGCAGCUUUUACUCUUGGCCAAAGAGAGGAUAUUGGACUACAUUUAGCAUCUGCAACAUUUGUGGUUGACAUAAUACAGAAUAUCCUGUGCAGUAGGUAGGCUUCCCAAAAUACUCAUAGGAAUGUCCAUUUGGGUAACAUAGUACCCUUUCUUAGUUCUAAAUCAUCCUAGAUGAGUUUUUUUUUCCCCAUUCCAAAAUGUUAGGAUAAUAACUUCAUUAUGCAACCUCAUGACUUCAAGUACUUUGAACCUGAAAUCAACAUGAUGGUUGUUUUUCCUUUUUGUUUUUUUUGUCAUUUGAGGUUUUUCUGUGCUAAUUAUUGAGCAAAAUUGAGUUAUAUGGGGCCAUUCUUUCCCCUCCCCCAUUCAAAAUAAAUAAAUAAAAAGAAAACUAAGUUUCAAUAUCAUAAAUGCUGGAAACAUCAUUUGCCACCUCGGUGUUCAGCUAGCCUUGUUUUGAAUAAUUUUUGUUUCUACUGUUAAGAAGGAGGGGGACAAAAAUAUCAGUUUAGGUUCUUUUUGGUGUACAAUGAUUCAUAGCAAUGAACUUAACUGUUUAAUAUCCAGAUGUUGCAUGUAUCAGUGUGCUUUUUUUCCUGGAUUUUUUUCAUUUUGAUUUUUAGAAAGCUGAUGAAUUUGUAUAUUGUAAUUGUGAUUUUUUUUUACAUGUCAAAUCUGAAUUGUUAAAAAUAUCAGUUGCAUAAAAAUAUAAAUACAAUUACUUUGAUUCCCACAAAUUUCAUUUAAUUGGGUGGUAGAAUUCUGCAGCUUUUAUUAAAAAAAAUCAUUUCACUGAAACAGCAUUUGUAUGUCAUUGUGCAUUAAAGUAUUUUGGUUGCAAACGUUUUGAAAAAAGAAAUAAGUUUUCAGAUUUUUUUCCUCUUUGUGUAAUAACAAAUUAUUUGCAAUGUUGAUUAUAGUUAAAGUUUUGAAUCUUAUUUGUGUUUACCACACAAUGUCCUUAAGGGUGCAAUCCUGAAUGCAAUUACUUGAUGGUAAAAUGUAUUGAAAUCAAUGGAACUUCUAAGUAGAUCUCAAUAGGAUAUGCUGUAAAUAAUUUAAAAAAUAUAUGAUAUGAAAUGCAGUACCUUGUGGUAGAAAAGCAGGGUAAAAUAUUUUAAAUAAUAAAUUUCAUAUUUUUGCCAGAGUACUCCUUUACUUUUGAAAAAGGGACAACUCUGCAGGAACCAGUGAUGGAAUUGCCAAGAUUGUUACUCUACUGAAGUGAGAAAGGAAGCAUAACAUAAUUUGUGCAGGAGUUCUGUGUCUGCCUAACAAUAUUGAUAUGCUCAGGAUGUAGUCAACAGGAUAUACCUGAGUAUCAGUUAAGCCAAAUUGUACCAUAGCCCAGGUAAACCUGUUCCAUUAUCCACAGACAUUUCAAGAAUGAAUUAGUCAUUUCUAUAAGAGAAAUAACAUAUUUCUUUUUGUGUUUCCUCCACUCCACCCCUUUAGGUACCUCAUAAAAUUAACUGUAAAAAGGAAUCUUUAAAUUGGCUAUGUCUAUAAUGAAUUAAUAAUAAGAAAAAUAAUUAAAUGAAUAUUUUAUCCAGGGUGAAAUACAUCCAACCAAAUCAACAGUGGGCCUUUGAUCAUAGCUGGAUGCAUAGUGAUACUGAAAUUGUUGGUUAUGUGUAACAGCUAAAUGUUUCAGAUAUUGUUUUGAUUAAAUUUGGCAGUUUCACACUGAGGUCUGCUGUUUCCUGGUGCAUAAAAGACACCUCAAAUGUGAGAAAGUAUUCCAUAUUCACAGUUACAGAGAAAUAGGUUUACUUUUUUUUCUCGUGCGCAGAAACAUAGACCACAAAAACAUUCACCAUUCACACUGUUCUCCUAUUUCUGAACUGUGCAGUAAUCUAUUAAAUUUUCUAAUAGAUCUUGUGUAAAGUGUAUGUAUGCUUGUGCAAUUAUGAAAAAGCAGUUUUGGAAAAUGGUGUAUUUAUUUCAAAUCACUAAUGGGGCAUGUACAAAACUGUAUAAAAACAUUCAA